AUGGAACGGUACGGCCGGACCAGCGAAGGGUCACAGUCUGAUCCGUCGCCGGAAUGGACCGGGGGUGGUGCCGACGCCGGCUUAGAAGAGCCCUCGUGGCAACUCGGAUUAGCAACUGGCGAAUCUUACCCCCUACGUCCUGAUGAGGCUGAUUGUAUAUACUAUUUGAGGACUGGAUUUUGUGGUUACGGUAUACGAUGUCGUUUCAACCAUCCUCGUGACCGAGCUGCGGUUAUUGGAGCUGCAGCGAGGACUGGAGGGGAGUUUCCAGAGCGCGUGGGACAGCCUGCGUGCCAGUACUAUAUGAGAACGGGAUCAUGCAAAUUUGGUGCAUCCUGCAAGUACCACCAUCCUAGGAAGCCAGUAGGCACUGCUACCCCUGUACCACUGAAUUAUUAUGGAUAUCCAUUGCGAGUGGGUGAGAAAGAAUGUUCAUAUUAUGUGAAAACUGGACAGUGCAAAUUCGGUGCAACUUGUAAAUUCCACCAUCCCCAGCCUGCCGGUGUCCAAGUUGUAACACCAUCACAGGUUCCUUCAGUUUCCCCUCUGCCUUUGCCUGUACCUUCACCAAUAUAUCCAACUGUACAGUCCCAACCUGGUCCUUCGCAACAACAAUAUGGUGUACUUGUUGCAAGGCCACCUAUGUUACCUGGCUCAGUAGUUCAAGGUCCCUACGGGCCUAUGGUAGUGUCCCCUGCCAUGGUCCCUUUUUCAGGCUGGGGUCCUUAUCAGGCUCCUGCAACAAAUCCUGUAGUUCCAUCUAGCACUUCGCCUAAUGUUGGAUCAACACAGUUUUAUGGGAUAACACAGAUACCUUCUUCAACAGCUACGUAUACUGGACUUUAUCAACCUUCUGCUUCCUCAAUUGGUCCUUCAGGUCCUAUACAGAAGGAGCAUCCAUUUCCAGAAAGACCUGAUCAACCAGAAUGUCAUUAUUACAUGAAAACAGGGGAGUGCAAAUUUGGUCCUUCUUGCAAAUAUCACCAUCCACCAGACAAGGGCGCACCUAAAACAAAUGUAGUCCUUAGUCCUGUAGGUCUUCCUUUGCGUCCGGGAGCACAGCCUUGCACACAUUAUACCCAGCGUGGAGUUUGCAAGUUCGGUUCUGCAUGCAAAUUCGAUCAUCCCAUAGGAUCACUUAGUUAUAGUCCAUCUGCCUCUUCCUUGGCUGACAUGCCUGUUGCACCCUAUCCUGUGGGUUCCUCAAUUGGUACUCUUGCUCCGUCAUCUUCAUCAUCAGAAUUGCGACCUGAACUUGGUGCAGGAGUUAGUAAGGAGUCUGUUUCAUCCAGAAUGUCUUCAAUGAGCACAUCAACCGGAUCUGUUGGUUUGACCUUGUCAAGUGUUGGACCCAUUUCUCAUUCAAGCAUCCAAUCAUCUACUCAGAGUUCCAGUUCCUCCGCAACUAUCAGCGCUACCACAAGUAGCACUGUCUCUUAUACAUCUAGUUAA